AUAUAUACCACCUCCCUACUGUCCGUCUAUCAUCCUCGCCGUGCUCGACUUCUCCCAAUACGACCGCAGGAGACCCCGCCCUACCUCGUAACUGGUCUUCUUGCUUCAACUUUUCGUCGACCCCGCGACCCAGCGACACGAACGUCGACGAAGGCAGCGCCUGUUCCUUGUCGCAUCGUCUCCGAAGGCCACAGACCUACAUCACUAUCCUGGUGGGCAUCUCACCAUCACGCACACGUAGUACCAUCCUGUCAUCAUGAGUGGUACGAGAAGAUCCACGAUUCCCAACGUCUCUCCCUCCCUGAAAGUAACCGCUGACCUUCUUUUUGUCGCCUCAGCCUACCCAAGAGACUACUACAGCACCGACCGCAAGCGCGGCUCCAAAGUGCGCCUCUACCUCGAACCCCCGAUCCCGGACCGCGCAACCAUCCGCACGACCCGUACCACCAUCCUUCCCCCGCCCCCGCCUCCGCCUCGGGAGUGUACCCCGCCUCCUAAGAUCGAGGUGCCGGCGCCACUCCCACCGCCCUGCAUCCCGCUCCCUCCCCCGGAACCCGAGCCCAUCGAUGUCAUCGCCGUAGACGUCGACCCGUCCGAGGAUAAGAAGAAGAGAAAGAAGAAGAAGCAGCGCCGGUCCCGGUCCCGGUCCCGCUCGCGUCACAUCGAGACACGCGAAGUCUACAUCGAGCGCGAGAAGCUCGUCCCCGUCCCCGUGCGCUGUCGGCCCCGGUCCCCUUCCCCGCAGUACGACACGUACCGCUAUAUCAGUGCGCCGCCGCGCAGGUACUGCCCGUCGCCCUCGCCGCCUCGUAUGCUCCCCCCGCCGCCCCCGCCCGAGGAGGACCGCACGCGCAUCUGCAUCGAGGAUCGCAUUCGGGAGAGGGAGUAUUACGAUCCUUAUCCUUAUGAUCGGCGCUGCUGAGUGAGCGAGCUGCGUGAUACUCCUGUCUGUUUGGACUUUUUUUCUUCUUGUUUUUUUUUUUUUGCUUUCCCUUUUCUCAGCUGUCUUGCAGGGGCUCUAUGUAACAGAUGCUAUGUGUUUUACGUGCUUACA